UACAUAUUUAUUACUAUGUUACUACAAUCCAUAUUUUGGCGCGAAAAUGAAAUAUAUGUACAUAUUCAUUCGUACAAUGUAAUACGUUGUAGUUCUAGCUAAAUUACAAAGAGAACACAUUUUCUACCUAAUUUUCAUUAUUAUUAUUCUUCAUUUUAUAUCUGAUUCUAUUACUAUGCAUUGUACGUAAUGUUAUAAUUAUUUACGUUACAGUAUAAUUUAUCGCAGUACAUUCAGUCACAGAGUAUUUUCUUGUUAUUUUGACGAAGAUUGAAACACACGUGAUUUGAUAUGAAUACACCGGGGAAAAUAAAGAAAUUGGAUAAAGUUGUGGUAAAUAGAAUUGCAGCUGGCGAAGUAAUUCAAAGACCAGCAAAUGCUUUAAAAGAAUUAAUCGAAAACAGUCUUGACGCAAAAUCAACUAACAUUCAAAUCCUUGCUAAGGAAGGGGGUUUGAAAUUAUUACAGAUACAAGAUAAUGGCACAGGGAUUAGAAAAGAUGACAUGGAAAUUGUUUGUGAACGAUUUACAACAAGUAAACUACAAACAUUCGAAGAUCUUCAAUCCAUAUUAACUUUUGGUUUUCGUGGAGAAGCUCUGGCCAGUAUGAGUCACAUUGCACUCUUAACGAUUAUGACAAAAACAGCUGAUGAAAAAUGUGCAUACAAAGCAUCAUAUAUUGACAGCAAACUAAAAGCUCCACCAAAACCAUGUGCUGGAAAUCAAGGCACUACAAUAACAAUAGAAAAUUUAUUCUAUAAUGUUGCAACAAGAAGGAAGGCUCUAUCAAACAUAACUGAGGAGUUUAACAAAAUUACAGAUGUAGUAAUAAAAUAUGCAAUACAUAAUCCUGCUGUAGGAUUUUCACUGAAAAAAUGUGGUGAUGUAGCCCCUCAGGUUCGUACACCCCAUAAUUCCACAAAAAUGAACAAUAUAAGGAUACUUUAUGGUAAUCCAGUCUUCAGAGAAUUAUUAGAAGUUGAACAUACAGAUGAGACUUACAAAUUCAAAAUGCAAGCAUUAAUAACAAAUCCGAAUUACACAAAUAAAAGAAUGGUGUUUCUUUUAUUCAUUAACAAUAGAUUGAUUGAAUCCUCAUCAAUUCGGAAGAUGUUAGAAGAACUUUACACUUUUUAUCUUCCAAAGAAAACCCAUCCAUGGUGUUAUAUCUCUUUGGACAUUCAUCCACAAAAUAUUGAUGUAAAUGUACAUCCGACCAAACAUGAAGUUAAAUUUUUACAUGAAAAUUCUAUCAUUGAAAGAAUGAAGUUUGCUCUGGAUGAGAAAUUAUCUGGAAACAGUGCUUCCAGAACAUUUUAUGUGCAAGCAAGGUUGCCAAAGGCUGAUAUUACGAAAGAAAUUUUGAAAGAAGUUUUGCCAGAAUAUGAGAAGGAAAGCACUGAUAAAACAAAGAAAAUUCGUCCUCAGGAAAUGAUUAGAACCGACUCAUCCAAUCAAAAAUUAGAUAAGUUUAAUUUCACUAUUCACGCAGCUACGAAAGAUGCUAGAAUCGAUGAUAGUUUACAGCCUGAACAAUUUGAAAAUAAUAUUUCAAUUGACAAAGUGAACAUUGAACAAAAUGUACUGUAUAACACAAGACUUAAAGAUAAAGACGACAGUGAUCAACAAAAGACAGAUAAAAUACAAUGUUCAAUAUCCAAUGAAAAUACUGACAAUAAAUUGUCACCUGUAAAAAAAUUAAGUACAGAACUACCAAAUACACCAUGGAGUGAUAUAAUAAAUGAAUCCAAUCAAUCUACAUCAUCAGAAUUAGUACAGCCAGAUAAUAUAAUCUCAACCACAUUUAAUAACAAUGAAAACCAGAGAAAUGUAGACAGCAUUCAAGAUAACUUUGAAGACGUAAAUAACACAAGUACAGUUAACGAUUCCACGCAAGAAAAAUGCAUCGAUGAAGUAGCGGUUAAAGCACGUGAACAUGUGUUAAAAUACUUUGCAAAUAGAUCCAAUACUACGAUCGAGGGAAAGAAACCUGCAGAAAAGUUUAGUGUUUUUAAAGAAGAAACGGAAAUAAAUAACAAGACUGACAAUCAAUCUAAUGAACCAAAGGAAUCUUGUAGUAAUAAGAAUGAUGACUCUAAAAGUAGUCAUGAUUUUAAAUCUUAUACGAUAAAUAAUUUCAGAAGGGAAGUUAAAUUAACGAGCGUGUUAAGGUUGCGGAAAGAAGUAGAAGACGAAUUGCACGAAGGAUUGAAACAAAUUUUGUCAGACCUAAUUUUUGUUGGCUGCAUAGAUGAACAUUUUGCACUCAUUCAAAGUGGAGUGAAUUUAUAUCUUUGCAACACAAAGAAAUUAGCGGAGGAACUGUUUUACGAAAUUAUGCUUUAUGAUUUUGCAAACUAUGGUGUUAUUAAAUUCUCCGAUCCGAUUCCUUUAUAUGAUUUGGCUAUGUUAGGACUGGAGAGUAGUGAGGCUGGUUGGACAGAAGAAGAUGGAAAAAAAGAAGACUUGGCAACAAGUGUUAAAGAACUUCUAUUGGAGAAAGCAGAUAUGUUGAAGGAAUACUUUUCAGUUGUUAUAGACAAGAAGGGAAACCUGAAAUCCUUGCCAGUUCUACUAGAGAAGUAUUUUCCAUAUGAAGCUGGCCUUCCUUUGUAUAUACUACGUUUGGCUACCGAAGUAGAGUGGUCAGCAGAACAAUCUUGUUUCAAAACUUUUUGCAGAGAAACUGCAAUGUACUACAGUCGUAUGAAUCCUGUACAUAACACUCAUGAUUGGAGGUACAUUACAGAACACGUUUUAUAUUCUGCAAUUAAAGAGAGUUUACUUCCCCCUAAGCACUUUGCACAUGAUACAACAAUACUGCAGAUAGCAAACUUGCCUGAUCUAUAUAAAGUUUUCGAAAGAUGUUAGAUCAUGUAUAGAAGCCCUCUAUUUAAAUUACAGAUUGGUAUUCCUUUUGGUUGUGAAUCGAACGUGUAAUUAGUANNNCUAAUAUGUUUACAAAAAUUAUAUUAUCUUUGACCAAUGUUAUAGUAAGCCAGAAAGAUAUAAUUUUAAUUACAUCAUUUAUUUGUAAUAAAAUAUUUAUUUAAUGAAUUAAGUGUGAAUUAAACUAUCUUAAUUAAACUGAUAUAUCAUUUCGGUUUAUUUUUGUAAAGAAAUGUAACAAAUAAAAGACAAUAACAAAUAAAAGCAAAAGGAAUGAUUCUUUUAAA